AUGGAUCUGUCGACAAGUGAAUCUUCCGCCCAGAAUCCAGAGAAGAACGGAAACGUCAAUAUGUCUCAAAUUCUACCAAACACUGUUGAUUUCAUAACUUACUGUUACAUCCUACCGGCGGUCUGCACCUUCGGCAUAAUAGGCAAUAUAACUAAUCUGAUUACACUGGCUAGCCCAAGAUUAAAAUCAGUUUCUUAUAUGUAUCUCCGAGCCUUAGCUCUUUCAGACUUACUGUGUAUGAUAUUUGUUCUAUGUUUUUCAAUCGCUCAGUCACAAGAACGAGCUCUAACUAAGUCCUGGUUAUUUGCAUUCUAUGAAGCCCACAUAAUGUUGCCUCUGAUUAACUGGGCUCUAGCUACCAGCGUGCUGAUUGUCGUUGAACUUAGCUUGGAACGCUUUACAUCUGUCGUUUUCCCAAUGCAUUUUCGAUCUUGGACAUCAGCACAAAGGGCCAGACGAGCUAUAGCAGUGGCAUACAUCAUUCCAGCUCUUAUGUACAUUCCGUAUGGUAUCGGGCGGCACACAAUCAUCGAAAACGAAACCGAUGACGGGUCAACAAUUUUCAGUUUCAACGACAGCGAGAUAUCUACGACUGCUGAAUGGAAGGCAUACAAAUGGACGCGUGAAGGACUUUUAAGAUUUGCACCAAUUAUCAUCGUUUCCUUACUAAACCUGCAAAUCAUGACCGCUUUUAGAAGAAGAAAAAAAACUUUUCGUAGAUUAACAAAACGGAAAGAAAGUUCAUCGACAAAAGAAGAUACACUAAUUUAUAUUCUCGGCGGAAUCGUUGCUAUGUUCUUUAUAUGUAACAUCCCAGCUGCCAUGAAUUUGCUGUUUAUUAACGAGACUGUUAAAAAGCGCAAAGAUUACCAAAUCUUCCGCGCUUUUGCCAAUCUUCUGGAAAUCAUCAACCACGCUUCCCAGUUUUAUGUGUUUUGUGCCUGCUCUACUGAUUAUCGCACAACUUUUUUGCAGAAGUUUCCCUGCUUCAAAUCAACAUAUAAUAAUCGCGAAAGAUUAAGGUCUUUCAUAAAAAGAAAGCCAAUCGACGUCGCCACAGCUAGUUUUGCAAACGUUAGCGAAGGUGAUGUGCCAAUCAUAAAUAAACCAAGCAGCAGCAAAGAAUUCAUUAACGACAAGGCAGAUAAAGAAGCCACUCGUCAGGGCGUACGCUUAGCAAGUUCUGAAGAAGAUAUACUCAGCGGCGAUGAAACCGAGCUUCAGAAUAUUUCGGAAGUAGGAUCAAGUGAAAUAAAUGAAAUUACAUACCUAUAA